UGCGCCCGCCUCGCCCGAUCUAAUAUCUCACUUCGGCUCAUCGACGAUGUAAUAAAAUAGCAUUCCCUGCCGCACGCUUGCCGAGCUCGGUCAGUACACUCAUUGGCUCGAGCUCUCCUCGGAGCAUCGUAUUAUGGUAAUAUAAAUUGACCAACCGUAGAGCAAAUUCGGUUAGUUCGUUAAAGUUGAUUAAAGCCAUUUAACCGGGACGGAGACGACGAAACGAACGGCGCGAACGUCGAUCCCGCGCGCUUGACUAAAUGAGCUUCAAUUGUUUAAUAUCGGAGUCGAUAAUUCGAUUGUAAGACGGGCUCGCGCAGCCCGAGGGCGGAAGGAGCGGCAGGUAGCGGCCGCGACGGAGCCGAGCGAGGUGGGCGCGGAGGUAGCGGGUGCACACCCGCCCGCUGCCGCCGGCUACAUGUACGUGUGCGGGGACGCCGGCGCUGGCCCACGGUACGAGUGCUCCUUCGAGGGCGGCGGCGGCAUGGAGCAGCCGACCUUCGAGGAGCACAUGUUCGGGGAGUUCGGCAAGGAGAGGCAGGUGCAGGUGGUGGUAGGUGCGAGCGGAGAGCUGCAGUACCGUGACGAGCUGCCCGUGUUCGCGCCGGACAAGCGGAAGGACGAACCGCUGCUGCUACAGCCCGUAGACGCCGCGCCGCCGCACUCUGCCCAACACCCGCCGCAACACCCGCCCCCGACCACCACUACCACCUCCUCGAAGAAGAGUGAUAAGAAGAAAGGUGACAACAAUGGAAUUAAGAAAAAGAAAACGAGAACAACAUUCACAGCUUACCAGUUAGAAGAGCUUGAAAGGGCGUUUGAACGUGCUCCAUAUCCUGAUGUGUUUGCCAGAGAAGAACUAGCUCUGAAGUUGAAUCUCUCUGAAUCACGAGUUCAGGUAUGGUUCCAAAACAGAAGAGCGAAAUGGCGCAAACGCGAACCUCCUCGCAAGACUGGCUACAUCGGGUCCAGUUCACCAAGUUCUACCACACUAAGUGGCGGUUUUUCCGGCAUCGGAGGCAACUUACCUACGUUUCCUCAAAACGGUUUAGCGGCACCUGCGGAUUCUUGGUCGUACCAACAUUCGUACGAGCUCUCUUCUCAUCACCUGCUUUCUUCGGGGAGCAGCGGUUAUCCUGGAUUUAAUACUCAACCGGCCUAUUCUUACACUACCGUACUCAAUGGACACGACGGGCAAAUGUUUGCUCCUCGACACUCUUAUGAAUACGGUGAAGGCAGUCCGCCUCCACUUGGAGUAAGAGAUUAUCCCAUGAUAGCUGCUCACUCGCCACACAUGGAAACGCACGGGCAUGACGAAAAGUUGGAAUAUCGAACCCACGACCAUGAGGAUAAAUAUUCGGCAUGUGCGUUACAAGAGGAGCCCCCACGUUACGCCGCGCCACCUGACGAUUAUGAAAAAUGUGGCAUGGUCACCCACGAGAAGCACUAUGAAAUCGACCGUCAUUCCGACCUAUCCCAGCCGGUAGUAGUGAAAAUGGAGCCCAGUCCCGGUCAACCGUACACUUCACUGCCCCCUUUUUUGAAUUGAAAUACUCCUUUUCGAAAUUAUCCUAAUGAUUAGAUCAAUUUCGAAAAGGAGUAUUAUAUCCGGUAAGAGCUAGUGUAAUGAUUUUUUUACUUAGUUAAAAAGGUGUGUUUAAGGUAUGUACCUACCUGCCUACGUUAGAAGUAAACUUAAUUUUAAGAUUUAACUGGAUAAGUUGUUAAUGCUGAUUAGAUUACAAUAUAAUAUCUAUUAAUGUGUAAGUUAGAAGAUAUCGGUGCCAAUUUCGUUGUACAAUGCUAAUAACCAAUUAAUUAUCUGUGAACUAGCUGGCGUUAUUUUAAAUUAUGGCAAACCUAUCGUUUGGAGAAAAUUACGGAAGUUUAAUUGAUAUAGCACAAGAAAUCGUGGUAAGAGUGUGUUACGAUAGGAAAGUAGGAAGCAGACAAACUGCCUAGUUUGUCUUGUGGUUAGUAUGUUUGAUUACGGAUGGCAAGAUUCGAUUCCGGGAUCAGGCUGUACAAAGUGUAAAUGAAAGCCGAAAUAAUAUUUCACAGGCUUUAGAGG